AUGGGUGAAGCAGAACUAUUUGAAGGUUGGGAAUGGUGGCUCGAAGAUGCAUACUUGGUUCAUUCACCUGAUGAGCCUGAGCCCUGGUUCAAACCAAAGUAUCUCAAACAAACAGAGGAAGACGAGCCUCUGCUUACAACAGAGCAAGAAAUUGCUCUAAUGAAUGAACAAGUCCAAUCUACCGAGGGGUUUGACAUUGACUUCGGGAUGUUCCGCUGCCUUUUCAGCUACCAUCCUGUUGAUUUCAAUGCCAAAGAAUUCGUUGAGGAGCCAGAAACUAAUGUGGAUUUACUUAACAGGCUGUGUCACAAAUCCCUUGAUGACUACAAUCAAGAAAACAAUACAGAAUAUGAGUUUGUGAAGCCUCUUUAUGCCAAUUUUCACAUGUCUGCUGGGGUAAUGUUUCUCAUAACAUUCCAAGCGAUGGAUCCUGCUGAUGAUGAUAACCUCACAAAAGAGUUCCAGGCUAGGGUUCAUUACUCUUUCUUUGACGAGAGCAACUUUGUCUUCUGCAGACCCAAAUCACCUGUUCAACAAGUUUCGACUGACGAAGAUAGCUUAGUUUCGAUUGACGAAGAUAGCGUUGUUUCGACUGACGAAGAUAGUGUUGGAGAUGCUGAGAAAGACCCUGAGAAACCAAGACUGGAAUAG